CGCUGCAGUAGAGCUGUAACGUGACUGCGUACACCGACUAGUCGCCGACCUCUCCACCUGGCCGUGACGCCGGGGCCGUCAGCUUGUUGUGAGGACAGGGUCAAGGAAGUAAACAUGGCGACAGGAACAGCACCAGGCUAUGCUGCGGGAGGAUAUGGGGGAGCACCCCCUGGACAACCUCCAGCACCGUACCCCCAGGGACAACCUCCAGCACCGUACCCCCAGGGACAACCUCCAGCACCGUACUCUCAGGGAGGACCUCCAGCACCGUACCCCCAGGGUGGACAACAAGGUGGUCCGCCGCCGCCUCCACAAGCUGGUUCUCAGGGCCAGUACCAGGGAGAGGUGCCCAACACGGAUCUCAAGGACGAUCCUAAUGCGAGACCUGUUGAAGCAUCAGCGCCACCUAUCGACAAAAUGGACACAGUGAAUGGAUACGAGAACGUUGGUUUCAAUAGUGCGUAUUUACCGCCACCAUCUUAUGAUGAAUCACAACAACCUUCAGCUCCAGAAAGAAGAGAGUUCCAAAACUCGCCGACAAUCACAGAAGAACAAGCGAGAGAAGCGUUGCUAGGUCUCGUGGCGGAAAACUGUUGCUAUGGAGCGGGCGCUGCCAAGGAGAUGGAUAUUAAAGACCUUAAGUCGUCCAGUGCCUUCCAUUACACCCUAGAGACAUAUGGAGAAGCUAGAUCAACGACAUGGGCCUACGAACCAUUUACAGGUCAGCCAAUAGACGGACCGCACUGUGGUCCAGCACCGGGCCCAUGGGACAUCGCGGCCCAGCCUCCCGGCAUGUUCCAGAAUUCCAAGGUGGAGGUCGAGGUGCCGCACACCGCAUCUGUGAAGCCGUGUCAUCAAUGUUUGGCGUCGGGAAGAAUCCGAUGCUACCGCUGUCAUGGCCGAGGACGGCUGCACUGCUCCACGUGCGGCGGAACUGGGCGGGACACGUACUAUGAGAACGGGGAACACCGUCACCGCUGCUGUACCUGGUGUGACGGGACUGGAAGACGCAGGUGCUACACCUGUGACGGAUUCGGACAGGUGACGUGCAACAUCUGCCAGGGAAGAGCCAACCUCAAGUGCUACAUCAAACUGACAGUAACAUGGACGAACCACGCUGACGACCACGUUGUUGAGCGUACCGCGCUCCCUGAUGAACUAAUCCGCGGUGUGUCGGGCCAGGUGUCUUUCGAGGAGUCGCAGAUCAAGGUUUGGCCAAUAAAUCAUUUUCCUGAUGCCGAAGUGAACCAGGCCUCCAAUCGUCUGAUUACUCAGCACAACAGUUCGUUUAGAAAUGAACGCAUUCUGAUGCAGAGACAGCGAGUGCGGAUCGUUCCCGUGACAGAGGUGUCCUUCAAGUGGAAGGACUCCGACUACACGUUCUUUGUGUAUGGGUUCGAACACAAAGUGUACGCACCCACCUACCCACAGCAGUGCUGCUGCGGCUGUACCAUACUGUAAACCAGGACCAGGCGAGGCGCAGCUGUCACUGUUCAGUUUCAUAACCAGUGCAUUUUACCACUAAUAUUUAAUAUUUUAAGGCGAAGAACUGAAGAAAACAAAAUUGCCAAAAGGGAUAGGUUCGCAUCCAGAAUCCCGAAAUAUCAUGCCUAAAACAUCCAACUUAAGUGAUGACGAUAUUGCCAAUUACCUAAAGACGACCAGUUGAAAUUCACCACACUUCCACUACCAAAGUCAGACAUUCGGCUCAUAUUUAGUACCAUGACAUUAGGUCUACACACAAGGUGUUAUGAUAAAUCAAUAACGUCUUGUUUAAUAUCACUGACAGUCUGUAGUGAUAGAAAGCAAGUUUACACUUGUUUGAUUACUCGAUGUGUUCGUAGCUGGUUAACUUGGUAAUAUAUUUUUUCAACCUUGACAGUACCACAAAAUUCUAAAUAUACUCCACAUUCACGUCUUAUACAUGUAUAUAUUUCCAUUACAGCAUUUUAUCAACAGAAUAUGAGCAUACCAGUAUUCAACAUUCCCCUUUAAAGCAUUCCACAAUUAAGAAUUCCUGUAUUAACAUACCAGUAUUCAACUUUCCACUAUGAAACAUUCCACAAUUAAGAAUUCCUGUAUUAACAUACCAGUAUUCAACAUUCCACUAUGAAGCAUUCCACAAUUAAGAAUUCCUGUAUUAACAUACCAGUAUUCAACAUUCCACUAUGAAGCAUUCCACAAUUAAGAAUUCCUGUAUUACAUCCCACCAUGUCUGUUCCAGUAUUAAAAGCAUGUAUACAGGAGGCCUCAGACCACAAUUAAUUUCGCUAUAUGUUUCUAUAUAGCCUUAGUGGCUACAACAUUUUUAUUAAUAUCAGCAGGCCCGUGAAGUUUUGUAUGUACCUUUGCCUGCAUGGGGGACACAUAC